AUGUCUGUACCGACGUCAUCUUCUUCUUCUAGCAACUCUUCUAACUUUAGCUGUCCAAAUGGCAAAGUUAGAAUAUUCAUUCGUUCUCCAACUAUUCCAUCACUCGAAGGGUUUUCAAUAUUAAUUAGUCUUGACUCGUCGGUUCUGACUUUGAAACAAGCCAUCUUUGAGUCCCAUCCACUAAAACCUAUAGUUAGUGACCAAAAAUUGAUAUAUAGAGGAAGAGUAUUAAAUGAUCCAGAUACCAUAAUAAAUAUUUUGAGGGAUGGGUUGGAAACGGACCAAACUUUUCAUUUGGUAAUUAAACCUUCAUUCCAAGCGAUCACUGAAACUACCGGGAUUCCUACUUCCACAAAUUCUAUUCCGUCUUCCAUUCCGUCUUCACAACAACAAAGGAAUCGAUUCCCUCAAGGUUAUACAUCUACUUCACCCAAUACACAACUUCCGGAUCAGAAUAAUAGACCUAAUGGUACUGCGGAUCCAGCUUUACAAAAUCCUUACAAUUAUUACAAUUAUCAAUAUCCAUAUCCGUAUUCUGUAAUGCAACAGGAUAAUUCCCAACAGCCAAUAUCUAUUAAUCAAAAUUCAUUUCCAAUGGGUCAAUAUUAUUACGCACAACCUCCACAAAUUGGACAAAUUGGACAAAUUGGUAUUCAUGCACCACAACCUUUCGCUGCGCAAGUUCAAGAACCACCACAAGAUGCUGGGGCAAGAAAUCAACGUCGAGCUUCAACUUUUUUGUAUCAAACUGGACGCUUGCGAAUAGUGCGGAGACGUAGACAAAGAUUUAUAGUCCCACUUAAUGAAUUAUUCGCUCAACAACCCCAAGCACCUAUUGUACAACAGAAUCAAGAGGCACAACCAAAUGUUCAAGUAAAUUCAAAUAAUAAUAUUGGGACAUCUUCUCCUGAACAAUCUUCAGAAAAUACGCGUUCAAUUACUCUACAAGACAUUGAACAUGGAGUAUGGACCUUUAUUACAUCAUUGAUUCCAACGAAUGCGCCCGAUGUUGGACAACAAGAAGACGUAGGAAUGUAG